GAGUAUUAUUUUCCUGGUUUUUCGCGCGCUCCUUUCGUCCCAUUUGAGACGGAGACAAGUUUUCCGCGGGCGCUCAAAAAUAUCGGCUGCGAUGAAAUGUCUGGUGAACGGCUGCGGGAAUACCCCAAAAAAUCUCGGCGUGUCUUUCCAUCGACUUCCAGCCAAGGAACCCCUUCGAACUCGGUGGUUGGAAGCCCUCGGUCAGCCCGCGUUGCCCGAGUACGACAUGAAGUUCCUGCGCGUGUGCUCUGAUCAUUUUUCGCCGGAGUCCUACACGUCGUGGAUUUCGAAUCGACUCGGCUUUAGCUCGAAGAGAAAACGUCUCAACGACGUCGCACUUCCAACUCUUCACCUCGAUCGAGCGGCGGCGGAGGCAGUAGCGCGACCACAACCUGAAGAUUCAGAAAUGGUGACAAGAGCCAAGCAGCGUGCCAAAAAGAAACGUCCUCUGAUGCUGGCCAUCGUGCCGAUGGCCAGCGACACUGCACUUGUCGCGCAGCGUGACAAAGAUUCAGAAAUGGUGACAAGAGCCAAGCAGCAUGCCGAAAAGAAGUUGCGGCUUCUGAUGUUUUCCAAUGAACAGGCAAGGAAGGAGCUGGCCGCCGGUGUCACUGUACCCGUUGCACAGGGUGACAACUCUAAAUACAGCUUGAAAGUGGAGCCAUCGGAUCAUUUUCAGCAUGUCCGGCAAAAGCACAUGGGUACUCGGCUUAAACUGUGCUGGAGGAACCAGGUGGCUCAAGGGACCCAGACGAAACCUUCGGAAUUUAUGAUGUCUCGCAGUACUCAGCAUAACCUGUGCUGGAGGGACCGGGUAGCUCAAGGGACCCAGACAAGCCCUUCAAAAUUUAUGAUGUCUCGGGGUGCGUCACCGCGCCUCACAAUCAUCCGUCUUACUAGGUCGCACGAUGGGACUGGAGCAACAAACAGUUAAUAGUAAUCAUAUUCAUUGUGUCGGCUAGUGCCACUUACCAUGCAAUACC